CCAGACUAGUUCCUUGAAUACUUUCUCACUAAGAAUAACCAACCAUCCUCGUGAUCGACGCAUGAAUAUGACCUGGGGAAACGAGCGGUCUGGCGGCCCGUCAUGCUAGCAUAUAUUCAUUGUCCUCGACCAUGACACUCGUUGGAUAUUCACAGAUAUGCAGUUCCUCUCAGCUACGCCUCCCUUGGCCAUCCUUGGUUGCCUGCUCAUUGGAGUAGCGCAAGUAACCGCUCUCUCCCCCGAGUAUAUUGCGUGUCAGCUGCAGAAGAAUGCGAGUGUAUCGCCUCUUGAAGGGUGCCCCGAGAGCACGAUCUUUGUGUCUCCAAGUGACUCCCGCGCAAACUACACAAGCAUACAACAAGCCGUGCUUUCUUUACCCGACACAGGAAAUGCGACUAUCCUCAUUGGAGAGGGUGAAUAUUUUGAGAAAGUCAACAUCUCUCGAACUGACCCUCUUACUCUUCUGGGUCAGCUCAAUCCAGACACGGCAUUUUUGACUACAGCCAACGCAACUUCUCGUAACCUCGUCCACAUCUGGUACAAUGUGUACGCCAACAAUACGUUGGGCAUGGAUGAUGCCGCAUCUGCAGUCCUAACAGUUGCGCCAAACUACGCUGGUGCCCUCAUAGGCGCGGGAACGUGGGGUCCGCCUUAUCAGUCAGAUUUUGGAAACACUGAUUUCAGGAUGUACAAUAUCGAUGUCUCCAACCGGGCUGCGAACUAUUCUAUUUCCCAAGCCCUUGCCACCGACAUCUCAUAUGCAAACGCGUCUUUCUACGGGUGUACGUUUGCAAGCUACCAGGACACUUGGUACACAGGCAAGAACGCAAGCACCUACGUUGUUGACAGUAUUAUCUAUGGGCAAACGGACUAUCUAUUUGGGUUUGGCACUGCUUGGUUCCAACACGUCACUCUUGCAAAUCGUGCUUGCGGCGGUGGUAUUGUAGCGUGGAAAGGCUCCAACGACACUGCUGCCCCAGGCAAUCGUUUCGGCGCUUACAUCUCGGACUCAUUUAUCAUGAGGUCUCCUGAUGCGAAUGAGACUGCAGUGACAUAUCAGUCUUGCUGGCUCGGUCGUCCAUGGAACGAUCUUGCUACAACUGUCUACCUUAGGACAUAUAUGGACGACAGCAUACAACCUGCUGGAUUUAUGCCGUUCGACAGCGCUCGCCCCGUAAUUGCGAAUACGACCUAUUAUGCGGAGUAUGCAUCGUAUGGCCCAGGCGCAAACACAUCUACCCGUGUUCCCAUCGAGCAUCUUUUGGACACCGACGAGACGUCGAACUUUACCUUGGCUGGUGUCUUCUUGGAGCAACCUCAAUGGAUUGAUUAUGAGUACGUAUAUUGACGUCCUACGGACCACGAAUGAGCGUGAUUGUGUGCAUUUUUCAUCCACGGCUCUGUCAUAUUGGCUUUUGACACGAUCGCGAGCCACGUACUGCGAUGGCUGCCCGUUUAUCACGAUACGUUUUAUAGAAAUUGG